UAAUUUACGGCGCAAGCACUGUAGGUUGAGGCCGACUGAGGUCCAUAGAAAUUUGACAGCUUCACAGGUGAGACAACCGUCCAGAGGCUGUUUCACUUUACAUUUCAGCUUUUUCCCGGAACACUAUUCUCUGUGAGCCUGGGGUUGCCACAGUCAAAAAACAACCAUUCGAAGUCUAAUCAUUCCGGCAGCAUGAGCAAAAAGAAAAAGGACUGGAAGACUGAAAGAGAGAGACUGCUCCGUCUUGAUCGAGAGGAGAGACGCAAGGAGUAUCGUCGUCAAGAUUUUACACCUCUGGACAAGAUUCCAACCUGGGGAGAGGAAAACCGAUCCAAUCACAAAGAGGAAGGGAAGGAGCUGACAGGUGGAGGAGGGCUGAGUGAUAAAAUAUCUCUCUACAAAGGAGAUAUUACCGUCUUGGAGGUGGAUGCCAUAGUCAAUGCUGCAAACUCCACUCUUCUGGGAGGAGGCGGAGUCGAUGGCUGCAUACACAAAGCGGCAGGAUCCUGUCUGUAUGAUGAGUGCCAUUCACUAAAUGGCUGUGAUACCGGCAAAGCCAAGAUCACCUGCGGCUAUGAUCUCCCUGCAAGAUAUGUGAUCCACACCGUGGGCCCGGUGGCCAGAGGUCAUGUGGGCCCUACCGAGACCAAUGACCUCACCUCCUGCUACCAGAACUCCCUCAGGCUGAUGAAGGAGCAUGGCUUGAGCACUGUGGCCUUCCCAUGUAUAUCCACAGGCAUCUAUGGCUUUCCCAAUGAGCCUGCAGCUGACAUUGCUCUGAACACAGUAAAGAGCUGGAUCGAAGAGAAUCCUGAUAAGAUCACACGGGUCAUUUUCUGUGUCUUCCUUGAGACCGACUUUGCCAUCUACAAGAAGAAAAUGUCUGUCAUUUUCCAAGACAAUGACAUGGAGGUUACAGAGGAGCAGCUGAAGGGAGAUAACACACCACCAUCUACAAAAUCCACAACCAAGGAAGAAAGUGAAGACAGCAACAAAGGUAAAGAGGAAACAGGUGAUGAAGAAGAGGGUGACAAUGAUGCUGCGGGACAGGAAGACAUGGAGAUGGCGAGUCAAAACCCAGGAAACAAGGAGCCAAAUCAAGAAAAGGAUAACGAUGAAAAUGAAAACCAAGACAAAGAUGAAGAUAUAGGUAUUGACAACGACAAAGACAAAGGUGAAGACAAAGGCAUCGAUGACGAUAAAGAUAAAGAUGAAGAGAAAGCAGAGGAAGAGCAGCCUGCUGCAAAGACAGAAGACGACGACACAGCAAAGUCCACUGUGGAGAUGGAAGAUGUCUCUAAGAUCAACAACACUGACACCAGCAAUGGAGAAGAGAUAAAAGAUCAUGUCAAGAGCUCAGAGGAACCUGAUUCGAUUCUAAGUGACAGCAUUCAGUCCAAAGACACUGUUGAGAAGAAAGAAUGACCAGCUGAGGGAAGGACAAUCAACCUCAUCUGACAGCCAGCAAACUGUGCGAAGCCAACCCCACUGGUGUCAGACUGGCCCAUGUCAGUAUGGGCUCUGACACUGGCCUAGGCCAACCAGUUACUCACAAGAUGCUCACAUUCACUACUUUAUUUAGCCUUUUCCCUCUUUGUUAAGAAACUACUCAUCCCUGAAGUAUGUAUGCACUGUAUGCACUGUAUAUGUAUGUAUGAACAAAACCUUACUAUAGGACUUGAACAUAUCAACCAGAAAAGAUGAGCCAUACCUCACUCUGUGUUAGAGUCAUACAUCAUUUUGCCAGCUGGGUGCGAUGAGAUAAACCAGGUUCAAAUCUCUUUAUUUGAUCUAUACCCACUGUGAGAGCAUGGUGACGCUGUCAGAGGACAACAGCCACAGCUCCUACAUGUUGACAGUCUAGGCUGGGUGAUGCUUAACAUCAACCAUCCUUUUGUUCUUACAACCCAAAUACCGCCGCCACAGUCAUGAUGACAUUCAACAGUGGAAUACCUGACAACACCCUGCAUUUGUAGGCCUCUUUGGAGUGCAACACACUGACACCUGCCAUGUCUCCUCACACGCUACUGCAGCUGGAGCUCCAGUAUUUAGUCAAAUCAGCCAAUACCUUCAGACCACAGUCUGUAAGGCAGUGUGUCAUUCCCCGGCCUUUUAUCUAGGAACGUCACUGAUCACGUCUGAUCUCCGCCGCCGCUGCUGUAACUGCAGCUUAACUCGUUUUACCAGGAAACUGUUCAUCAACGCCCGCGCACACUAAAGAGGAUGUGAGUGUCUUUUAACAAAUCGAUUAGUUCUUUUCCCCCUUUUUCAUUGCUGUUUCCAGUGCAUGCCAGAAAAUUGCUUUGAACUUCACCAACAUAAACAGGAAUUACAGUCGUCUUCGCUUUUGCUUGUCUCCUUACCAGAUUGUCUCUAACUGUAUUGAAGGAAUCUGCCUUAUUUCAUAUCAAACAACAAAAUCACAAUCACAGACCUAAGGAGGUGGUCCAAGUAUGAAUUCUUGGUUGUGUAUUGCUUGCAAUUGAUUUGUAAUUUUAAGUACAUCAUGUAAUGGCUAAUGCCUGUUGUUAAUGGUUUUUCCUCAGUUGAUUUAGAAAAAUGAUUUCUUUUAAAUGUUGGUAUGAUUCAUGAAUAAUUUUCAGUGGUGCCAUACUAAAGAUCAGAUGAAUUACAGUUCUAUGAAAUGAUGCCUUCAUACUUUGAUGUUUGCUUUGCUAAACUAUAACAGAAACAACUAAUAAAAUCUAAGGUGGAAGCCAUGUCUCAGCUUUUAA